UUGUUUUAAACUGAGAACAAAGAAACACGUGCAACGUAGCGAAAAAAUAAAUCGUUAUUUUUUUUUAUUUGUGAAUAAAAUUAGUUCCUUUUUCAAAGUUGACGUUUUAUAUUCAGUGUUGCUAGUGGCUGUUGGCUGUGUCCGAAAUGUCUUAUAAUCACGAUAUACCGAAAUAUACGCAGUUAGUUGAAAUGCCGGCGCCGACGGGGCAGGACGCGAGUGCUAAAAACAGUGACGUGCAUGUUAUCGACAUCGACUUGGAUGUCGAUCAGGUUGUCGCUCCGAUCGACAAGUCCGAUAUACCAGUGAUACACAUCGACAGACCGAAGCAAAUGAACACCAACACCAUGAAUGGAAACGGAAUAGCAAAUUCGAAACCCAAGCAGCAGAAUGUCGCUGAGGCAGUAGAAAGGGCAAGAGACGCAUACAACCGCGGUGUGACCCGCCCACUAAAAUGGCGUCUGCAACAGCUAAAGAACCUCCUUCGCAUGUACGAAGAAAACCAGAACGCCAUGAUAGAAGCUCUCCGUAAGGAUCUGAGGAGAAGCAAGAUGGAAUCCGUCAUGCUGGAAGUGGCGUACCUGAUCAAUGAUCUCAGGAGUAUCAUACACAAUUUGGAGGACUGGGCUAAGCCUGAGAAGCCGGAAAAGGGUUUCGUAAACAUGCUAGAUGACGUGGUCAUCUACCAUGACCCUUACGGAGUAGCCCUGGUGAUCGGUGCCUGGAACUACCCCCUACAACUGCUGCUGCUCCCAAUGUCUGGUGCCAUCGCUGGUGGUAACGCCGUCAUCGUCAAACCCAGUGAGCUGGCCACUGCCUGCGCUGCCUUCGUCGCUGAAAUGGUCCCCAAGUAUUUGGAUAAUGACGCAAUCAUCGUAGUAGAAGGAGGUCCCCAGGAAACCACAGAGCUGUUGAAACAGAAAUUCGACUACAUCUUCUUCACCGGCGGCACUAGCAUCGGCAAGAUCGUCUACGAAGCUGCCGUCAAGAACCUCACCCCUGUCACCUUGGAACUUGGAGGCAAAAGCCCAGUAUACAUCGACAACACAGCAGACAUAAUGAUAACCACAAAACGAGUGCUCUGGGGCAAGUUCAUCAACGCUGGCCAGACGUGUAUCGCGCCAGACUACAUCCUGUGCACCAAAGAGACCCAGGACAAGUUUGUCGCAGCCGCCAAGAAGGUCCUGCAAGAGUGGUACGGACCAGAACCCCAGAAAUCUCCAGACUUCGCCAGAAUCAUCAAUUCUAGACAUUUUAGCCGUCUCCAAGCCUUAGUGGACGCGAGCAAAGACAAAAUCGCCAUCGGAGGAUCCUACGAUGCCAACGACAAGUUCGUAGAACUUACUGUCCUGACCAAUGUCGUGGGGUCAGAUAAGAUCAUGCAGGAUGAGAUCUUCGGGCCCAUCCUCCCCAUAGUGCCUGUUGAAAACGCGUAUGAAGCUAUCAAGUUUAUUAACGAGAGAGAGAAGCCGCUAGUGCUGUACGUGUUCUCCAAGAGCGACAAGGUUCUCUCACAAAUUGUGGACAACACUAGCAGCGGCGGAAUGUGCGUUAACGAUACCAUGAUGCACCUCGCAGUUGAGUCGCUGCCGUUCGGCGGUGUCGGCGCCAGUGGUUUAGGUGCUUACCAUGGAAAGAAGACUUUUGAAACAUUCACACACAAGAAGAGUUGCCUUAUCAAGAACUUCUCGCCUAUUGGAGAGAAAUUGGCUUCUGGCCGUUACCCGCCCUACACAGAUGGCAACUUGAAGAUGUUAAACCUACUUCUACGCAAACGUUUUGGUCCAUCGCUGAAGUUCUUGCCCUACUUGCUCUGCUUCGCGGUGGGCGCCGGACUCUCAUACGGCAUCUUCGCUUGGCAAAAGGCGCUGUCGGAAGAUUCUUAAAGUGUGACUGAAGUGGCAUCGCCAGGAUUGCCGCGACCCUAUUGUGAUAAUGUUAUUAAUUGUUAAAAUAAGAAGUCGGUUAUUUGAAUUUAAAGAAAACACAUAUUUAGUGCCUUGAUUAGUUAUGUUUUACGCAACUACACAAUUUAUAGAUGUUUGCAAUUUAUAAUGCAACUUUCUGAUACCUAAAUAGAUGGCACGCAUAAAACAUUUUUUUAGAAAAAUCUUAAUAUUUAAAUCGUCAAUUAAUUAGGGAUAAGUAACGUUAUCAAAAAAAGAAUAUUUUUGUAGAAGCAUCACUUUUAAUAGGUACCGAUUAUAAAUUAGAAAUUCUUCAUUAGGGAUAAAGUGCCUUUAUGAAAAAGUAGUUACGCACAAUGUGAUGUAAUUUCGUAGCAAUUUUAAUGUUAUUUAUUUCUUUAUACACAUUUUACUGGCACGACUAAGGCCAUGACUUUUUAAUAAUUUCUCGUGCAAUUAACUGUUAGAUAGUUAUCAAGGAAAUAAGCAUUUAUUUUUAUACUAUUUUAUUGGCCAAGUAUUUUUUCGUUCGACAAAGCUAUUCUAGGAAUGUAAGCAUGCUUUAGAAGACUUAAAUCACUUGCCAAACAUGCUUGGCUCCUUUUUUGUAGCAUUCCGUUGGCUCGAUAUAAUCCUAAUUCUAUAAUGCAUUUAUUAAUCAUCGGAAAAUUAUAUCUUUGUUAUUUUUUUUACGCUGGCAAUUUACAUAUUUGUUUAUUUUUGUUUUGUUUUUUGUAAUUAAAGCAUAAAUAAAAAUAUUUGAUUUUUUUAACGUUUUUAUUAAUUGCUAUGUUCUUUAUUUAUGUAAACGCAUGUGAUGUUAUUUAAUAGAAAAUCUAAUUGCUUUUGAAGCACCUAUAUUUUUGUUGGAACUCUGAUCAAAUUGUUUUAAAUUUCGAUCGAUAUUUUAUUGUCGUUACAAAGCUUUUAAAAUUAAGGUUGCUGGCUAUCACAUACGUACAUUAUAAAUUAUAAUAUAUCUGUAUUGUAAAUAAACGGGAACAAUGGAAAAAUUAAA